AUGCCAUACCGCUGCCUUGUUUUUCAGUCUAUGGUUAACCGAAGACUCCGGUUCUGCAUUCCCUACGAAAAUUCCCAAUAUCACACUCGUUCAAAUUAUGGACCUUUUUAUAACGAAUAUUGUGCAGUGAUGUGUUUGCCACGCGAACAGGCUGCCUGUUGGUUUUGCCUGGGUAAUCCGCAGGUGAAAAAACACUUGGUAGUCAGUGUCAACACACAAGCCUAUUUGGCCUUGCCUCGGGGCCCCCUGGUCGAGGAUCACAUUCUGGUCCUCACCGUUGGCCAUCAUCGAAGUUGGACCAGUUGCCCGGACUAUGUGCGCGUGGAGAUUGAGGACUACAAGUCCCGUUUGAAGAAGAUGUUUGCUGACCAGGGCAAGGCUAUGAUUGCAUUCGAGCGUAACUUGAAAACCCAACAUUAUCAGCUUCAGGUGAGCUUUCAAAUUCUUAGUGAUUUGUUUUCUCUUUUGUAUGACAUUUCUCUUAUUAGGUCAAUCUGUCAUCCGGGUGUUCCCUACUUCUAUGUUGAAUUGCCUACCGGAGAACGACUUUUCGGCGCCAUCAAAAAGGACCGAAUUAAUUCAUGUGAUAUUCAGUUUGGUCGGUACGUCCUCAGUGACCCAAGGAUCCUUAACUGUCCUGAUAAAGCUGACUGGCGCAACUGCACAGAUGAGUUGGAAAUGGAAACCAAACUGACCGCCAUGAUGCGCGAUAAAUUCGCUCCGUAUGACAUUGAUUGA